CUAUCGAUAUCCGCGGCCGGUGUUAUUCUGCAGUCGAUCAGCUGUGCUUUUGGGAAUUACGACAAUAAAAAUAAGUAAAGUCAAAAACAAGGGCAGCCGGACGGGAAUUAAGGAAGGAUGAGCGAGGCCGGCCCCAACGCGGAUGCCCUGGCGGCCGAGAAGCAGCGCAAGUUUCGCAUACAAGCCGCCGCUUUCCUGGGCCUAGUGGGCGGUGUAUCUGCCCUAUUUGGAUUCUCACGCACCUUGGCCACUGCCAAGAAGGCCGACAGCAAGGUGCUACAGCAGGCUGGCACCCGCCAGGGCAUCAUCCUGAUGGACGAGGGCGCUACGCUGGCCAUGCGAGCCCUUGGCUGGGGCACUCUUUAUGCUGUACUGGGCACUGGUGCCUUCUGCUACGGCUUCUGGAAGCUGAGUGGGGCCAAAGAUUUUCAGGAGUUUCGCCUAAAAAUGGGCAACGCACUGCCGCGUAUCACCAAGGAUGAACCGCCCGCCAGCCGCACCGACUUCGAGAGUCUCACCGACCUCAUGAAGUACCUGGCCGCCUGGAACAAGGAAUAAGGCGAAUAGCAGCUCCAACUCAGCUCACACAACACACUGUUUAAAAUAUAAACCUAAUGCCUAAGUAGACUAGAAUGUAAACCAAACCUUUUGUUAAUUUCAGUUCAUACAUACAUAUAUAUCAGUUUUCUUUAUAAAUA